AAGAAACAAAGAAAUAAAGAUUCUCAUAGUAAGAACGCGUCCUAUAUCCCACUAAACAAAGACACCUUCUGCUUCUCUCUACCCAUCACUCACAUCCGUCAGUCAUCACGCCUCUCUAAACCUCAAAAUCAAAAUCAAGAGGCAACCUACAGCCACGUUCUAUAAUGGGGGAGUGCUUCAAGCUUACAGUUCCACGAGCUAGGGGCACGCUUCGCGAGGGAGGCACGGUCGACGAGAUGAUGUUAUUUGCCACGAUGGACGAAUUUACAGUACCUCACUUCGUUAUCCCGACCGCAUCAGCUCAGCAAGCAUCUUCACCAGCCGUCGCUAGCCCAGCUACGCCCGUCACCUCAGCUGAACCCCAAGGCGGCAGCAGCGGCCUCGAUGUCUCAAGCCCAUCCCAAUACGCGGUCGUCGCUGUCACCCGGAGCCAGGAGCCCCAGAACACCUUCUACACGCUCCCAUUAGACAUCCACGAGCUUAUCUUUGCCCACCUCGACGACCUCGCGGACCUCACGUGUGUAGGCCUCACGUCGCCAUAUCUCUGGGGGGUGACGCAGGAUAUUGUUCAUCGGCACUAUCGAAAGCACUUUGGACGCCUUGCGGGCGAGAAUAUCGUCUUUGCUGGCGCCGAUACCCUCCCUGACGACUACCCCCCCGCCUUGUUCUUAGUUUCAGAGUCGAAAGAUUUAAACGGGAGGGUUUCCACCAUGCGUGACGGUAGAGAAGAUAUUGGGCCACUCACCCUGUAUAACAUGGCCGAACGGCUCGGUGUCCGUUACUAUGGGAGGAUAAACAUCGAGGAGAAAUCGCGGAAUGUCUAUAACGAGUGUCUGAGGCGGACGACUGCACCAGACCAUUCGCAGUCGUCGUGGCGGAAUGCGGUUCAGCGCAAGGUCGGGGAGAUUUGCGUUCAGGAAUCACUGUUUGUGCCGACGGAUCAGGCGUGGCUUCUGCGAAACCUGGCAACUAAAGAGUUUGUCACAUUAGGCGGGAUCGCCUUGGACGUAAAGUUUAUCCAUGGGCCAUUUAUCAAGGGCACUGGGUUCGGCCAGGUGUUGGUGUCACGCACGUGUUGGUCCUCGAGUAGUAGCAUUAGCAUGUGCUUUGAUGGGAAGAUUCAUAAUGGGGUAUGGUCCGGACACUGCUUCGAUAUCACAACGCGCGGACGGCAUGAUAAGAGUACCAAGGAUGAAAAGGCCGAGUGGAAGGAUGUGAGCGAGGAGGUGGCGGCGGAGAUUGCGGCGGUCUGGAAGAGCGAGUAUGGGCCCGGCUGGCAGGAGGUGGCUAUUGAAAGGGCUGAAAGGUAUAAAUGGACUAUUCUAGGGCGAGUACUCGGAGGUGGCGGCACCAAAUGCUGGACAUGA